AUGUCCCUGAAGAAGCACUUCCAUCGCGCUUGGCGCUUCUUUCUCAAGAACUACUUCGGCUACUUGCAGAGAGUUGACGCCGUGUCGAAGACUCACGGUGUGCAACACAUCAUGAACAAUAGCCUGCAUCCUUUUGAGAGGAUCCUCUGGAUUUUCAUCGUCAUCACGGCUUUCUGCGGCGCCAUCGUGAUCGCCAACAUCCAGUUCACGCGAUUCAUGGCUAAUCCCACCGUGAUAUCUCUGGAGAGGGAUUAUCACGACUGGAACGGAACGAUGCCCGCCGUGACUUUCUGCUACGCAAAUCGCCUGACGACAGAAGCUGUGGAGUUCUUCCUGGAGGAGAAGUUCAACGUCACGCCUUCGGAUCAAGAUUUCUUCUACUUUUAUGAGUUUGUCGAGGCCGUCGUGAACAUAUCCAUCCUCAAUCUGAGAGCUCUCGAUGAGUUUGCCUACGACGAACGCUUGCAGGACACGAGUUUCCUGGAGAUCACGCAGUUUGUCGUGCCCGUUUUUGAGCAGUACAUCAGCAGUUUUGACAAGACCGUCCAGCUGGACGCAGUGCCGAUCAUCACGGAGAAAGGACUCUGCUAUUCAGUGAAUUCUCCUUUGUCGCAUCUUCUCGCAGUGGAGCAGGAUCAUCGGAUCCGGAAGCCGCUAUCGUGCAAAUUCUCCAUCAGUCAGUGUUUCCUCAAGAUCGACGUGUACGGAUUUCAGCUUUCCUCUGUCUUUGUCCAUUCGCCCUUCGAAGUUCCCCUGGCGGACACUUUGUCCUUCGCCAUGGAGCCCACGGACGAGAUCACGUCCACGUACAAGAUCGUGGAGACGAUCGCUGAUGACUCUCUGCGCGAACUCUCCGUGAGGCAGCGCAAGUGUCUGUUUCAGGACGAGCAAAUCCGCGGUUUGCCUUCAUAUUCAGUCAAUCUCUGCCUCAUGGAGUGUCGCGCCGCGGCGGCUCUGCACUUCUGCAGCUGCAAACCCUUCUUCUAUCCCUUCAUCGAGGGUCCUGUGUGUGGGAUCGACGGGAUUUUCUGCCUCAAUCGCAUCUCGUGGCCGGACAAUGUCAAGAACUCGUGCAAUUGUCCCAAGUCCUGUCGGGAUCUGCUCUUCCUGCGUAACACCUUCAAGGUGGAGAACUGGGAUGUGGGCGAGGAGGGAAUUCCCUUCGCCCAGAAGUCCACUUUUCGCCUGGAAAUCCUACCGCCGCGCAUGAGACAUCGCAGGGAAGUCCUAUUCACCUUUGAGGACCUCCUCGUGUCUCUCGGCGCCGCCACGAGUCUCUUCCUGGGCAUCAGCUUCUACAACAUGCUCCACGGAGCCUUCGUGCACAUUGAAAUACUCUACGAGAUCAUCAGAUGGUGUCGUGUAAUGAGAUGA